AACUUCUUUCCAUUAGUAAAAACUAUCCUUAUUUCUUAUAAAUUUAGUUUUGUUGCGAGCGGGCGGGUUUUAUCAUUGGAUUAGGAACGAUAGAUUAUUUAGUUGGACGAAAAUGGUGAAGAUUGCUCUGCAAUUAAAAGCCAAUUUGGAAAAUGUUGAAAGUCUGAGUCCCUCGUCGGAUCCACAUUUUCGAUGGUAUUUGAAAUUUGCUUGCAACAACUGUGGAGAAGUAUCGAGCAAAUGGAAUUAUGCUUCGCUGGCUGAAGAAACAUCUAAGCAAAGGGGCAGUGCUGUGAAUCAUUUUUUUAAUAAAUGUAAAUUUUGUUCCAGGGAAAAUUCCUUGACUAUUUUGUCCGAUACGAUCGCUGGAAUUAAAGCCAAUAGCUGUAACGAAUUGAAGACCAUUGUAGUAUUCGAUUGUCGAGGUUUAGAACCUCGUGAAUUUGUGGCUAAAGAUGGAUGGGUAGUCGAAACUGCGAAUAACGGUAAAAUAUUUAAGGAUGUAGACUUAAGCGAGGGCGAAUGGGUAGACUACUGUGAUAAAAUUGGCCAACCAGUUGGUGUUUACGAACUCAAACAUAGUUUUAAAAAAAUUAAAUAACUUGAGAUAUAUUUC